AUGUUUACCAUUAAAUCGCAAUUUUAUUAAGCAAGUUCGACAGGGCGGUUUCAGUUUAAAUUUAAACCAAGUGUUGAAUUAGGAGGAUUUCCUAGUUUAACACCUUGUAAUUCAGACAAAAGAGCAACAAGAAUAGAUUACUUUGCUGGCCCAUCUGAUCUUCUGGGUAUUACACGUUUUUAUUUUGAAAUUAGAAAAAUAAAAAAAGCAUUGUACAUUAAAAGAAAGUAAGCAUCAUGAAGAUUUAUCUAUUGGCAAACGAACCUUUAUUUAAGCAAAUAAAGAAACAGAUGGAUUAGUUAGCCUAGAGGAUAUAAUGUAAAGAAAAUCUCGAGUGCCUACAUUAUAAAAGAAGAGAAAUCUGUAAGUCUUCAUAGUUAAUCUUAGCAUACCUGUUCAUUUUUUAGGAGAUAAGAAUUAUCCCUAUCCAGAAAUCGAACCAAAUUUCUAUAAAUAAGAUGAUGGUUUAGUUGCAGGAUCAAACAUCAAAAAUAGAUUUCGACAUCCUUACAAAAUAUCAAAAAAGUUUCAUGGUUGA